GGUGACGGGGCAGGCGCGACAGGGUGACUCGGGCCAGCGGGGCUCGCGAUGCCUUACGCCAAUCAGCCCACGGUGCGGAUCACGGAGCUCACAGACGAAAAUGUCAAGUUCAUCAUCGAGAACACAGACCUGGCGGUGGCCAAUUCCAUUCGGAGGGUCUUCAUCGCCGAGGUGCCCAUCAUAGCCAUUGACUGGGUUCAGAUUGAUGCCAAUUCUUCAGUCCUUCAUGAUGAAUUCAUCGCUCACAGGCUUGGAUUAAUCCCUCUCACUAGUGAUGACAUUGUGGACAAGCUGCAGUACUCCCGGGACUGUACAUGUGAGGAGUUCUGCCCCGAGUGCUCCGUGGAGUUCACGCUCGAUGUGCGGUGCAAUGAAGACCAAACACGUCAUGUCACCUCUCGAGACCUAAUCUCCAACAGCCCCCGGGUCAUUCCGGUGACAUCCCGGAACCGAGACAACGACCCCAGUGACUAUGUGGAGCAGGAUGACAUCCUUAUUGUCAAGCUCAGGAAGGGCCAAGAGCUGAGACUUCGAGCCUAUGCCAAGAAGGGCUUUGGCAAGGAACAUGCCAAGUGGAACCCUACUGCAGGGGUGGCUUUUGAGUACGAUCCAGACAAUGCAUUGAGGCAUACAGUGUAUCCCAAGCCUGAGGAAUGGCCAAAGAGUGAGUACUCCGAGCUGGAUGAGGACGAGUCCCAGGCUCCCUAUGACCCCAAUGGCAAGCCAGAGAGGUUUUACUACAAUGUGGAGUCGUGUGGCUCGCUGCGCCCUGAAACCAUUGUCCUCUCAGCCCUCUCGGGAUUGAAGAAGAAGCUGAGUGAUUUGCAGACUCAAUUAAGCCACGAAAUCCAGAGUGAUGUACUCACUAUAAAUUAGUGGCCAUGGGCCUGUUGCAGUGGACAUGGGGGUUUGAGGCAGUAGCUAGAUUUAAGGUCUCUGGAGGCCUAAUUCUGGGCUCUGGACUACAUUUGCUCAAGCUACCUAGCAGGUUAUCAGCACCAUCAAGAAGGGGUUGCAGAUGGAUUGCCAGGGGUGCCACUGGUAUUUAGGCAGGGUGGUUUGUUACUGGGCAUUUAGUAUCCCAGGACCUGCCUACUGGUCAUCAGAUCUGCUCCUCAGAACCCCAAGUGUCCCAUGUUGCUUCCUAGGUCACCAGUAGGGGGCUGCACUGCUUCCCUGUUGAGAAGCACUGAGCUAGACUUCAGCUCACUGUACCUCUUGAACCCCUUUCUGCCCAAAAGGAGUUUUCAGGGAUCAGGCUUGCUCAGGGUAUGUCCAUAAAUACGAAAGGAGUUUUCACAGCUCUGCCUUAGGUUUCUGUGUCACUACCGAGUGCUAGAACCUUCACUGAGGCAGCCUAUGAACACUUCUGCCCUCUGACAGGGCCAAGGCUACCUACUGGCUCUUUUUUCAGUUGUCCCUAAUUUGAUAAGUAACCCUUUGGGAAUAGCACUAACUCUUACUGUCCACUCAUCCCACAAGUAAGCUUGAUUUGCUGUGUUAUUCCCUGACUUCACCAUUUAGGUAAGGGAUGGGGAGGAGGCAAAGGCCCCUCCCACAUUUCCGGUUCUCUUGGAAAGGUUUAAGCCCCAUCCUUUGUCUCCAGGCAAGAACACAUCCAACCCAGCAGUCCUUAGGCAGCCUGGAGAAAAGCAGACAUCAGCACAGAAAGGAAGGGAAAGUUAUUGAUCAACAGUAGUUGUCUUUUUAAAAGUUUUUAUUUUUGGCAAUAAAGAGCACAACGUAAUCUCC